AUGAGCUCCUCCUCCGAGCUCGAAGUCGUCUCCAAAACGCGCUCGCCGCCCAAACCGCGCCGCUCAGCGCGCGAGCGACGAGUUCCUCGUUCUGUGGAUGAAGUCGCCGCGUCGGCUGCACCGCUCGCACGGAGGAGGACGGGAAGGGCGUCGGAGAGCUCUGGCCUCGAGUUCACGGGCGCGGAUACGGAUGGUGACCUGGACUUGAGCGGGUUGGAUGAGGCGGACCUGGGGAAGGGCGGAAGGGGUGCAGCAGCGCAGCGUGCACAGGCUAGCGCUUCGAGGACUACAGAAGUUCCUCCAAAGAAGACCGCUCCAGCUACAACCGCCAGAUCGAACGUCGUCACGCUCCCUUCCUCCUCCUCAGCGCCGGACCUCUCCUUAACCCGAACCUCUCCUGCGCCUUCGACUUCCGCUCGCCCAGCUUCAUUUUCGACAUCUCUCGACAAUGUCCGAUCCUCUGCCGCCCCACGUGCGAGCACCUCGGCCGAUCCCAUCCCCUCAACCUCGACUUCCCGUCCUCUCCCUCCCCCUCGCAAAGCCCCCCGCGCCGCACCCGCGCCGAAGAAGGCUCACUAUUCAUCCGACGAAGCAGACGAUUUCUUCGUGAGGGCGAAACAGGCCAAGGGAAACGUGCCGGCGAAAGGCAGAGUGCCUGGUGCGGCGGGAAAAGCAGUGGGAAGAGUGCCUGCGGCUGCAAAGGGGAGGGGAGGGUCUGCGACACCAAGACCUGGCAGUCCAGCGAAACGCAAGGCCGUCGCGAUUUCCGACUCUUCCGACUCCGACACAUCUGCUUCGUCUCCUCGUCGUGGUCGAGCGGCAUCCGAUUCAGACUCGGAUGGCGUCGAGGGCAUGGCAGGUCCAUCGAAGAGCCUGAAGCUGCCGGAAUGGGCGCGCGGCGGACGAGCAGGGAUGAGCGGUGCCGACCUCGCUCGUCUCCAGAAGGGCGUCGGAAAGAACCGCAAGCGCAAGCGGUUAGACGACUCGGACAGCGACGAUGGCGGUUUGAAGGCUGUCGAGGCGAUCGGUACGAGCAGGGAGGCUGCGAGAAUGAGCAGCAGCGAGUCGAGCGACGAGGAUGCGGAUACGGACGACAGUCUCGAGAUUGCGCUAGGUGGAGGGAGGAAGGCCAAGCACAAGGAGAAGGAGCCGGUCAAGGUUGCGCCGGCGAAGCGGAAGAGUCUGUCGCCGCCUCCACGGUCCCCGAAACGACUCGCCAAGUUUACGGACCGCCUGCCGGAUGCUGGGCUUAACGCCCCGUCACUCGGCUCUUUGCGCACAUCGCCGCGCAAGAACCUCUACGCUCAGCCACCUUCAUCCCCUCGCAACCUUUUCGACCGAGAUCAGACGCCCUCUAUAUCGUCCGCUGAGUCAGAGAACGACGAAGAGGAGGUCGAAGUCGGCGAGAUGCUCGAUCCUGCGCUAGCCGCCAUCCGCUCCUUCGUUGGCACUUCAGCACGACUGGGCGCGUCGUCCGGUACGACGCCUUCGCCGCAGAAGAAUGGCUCCGCAGCGCAGACCGCCUCAGCGAAAAUCACGAUCAAGCUCAAGAUGGUGUUUGACCCGACUCGCGUCGUGCCCGAGAUGGCGAAAAAGGCGUACGAGCGGGAGGAAACGUUCGAGCUGGGCUUGAACGAACCCUUCUCCGCCCUCUUCUACGCCCUCUCCGUUCGUCGCACCAUUCCUCGCGCCGACCUCAUCCUCACCUACCUCCGCCACUCCUCCUCCGCUACUUCCACCUCUCGCCAAACGCAAGUCUUCGAGUUCGGCACGCCUGCGUCGCUCGGCCUGCACGCGAACGCCGACGUCGACAUGCGAGGCUAUACGCAGGACAUCUGGGAGAAGUGUAGGAAGGUCGAUGCGGCGAAGCGUGCGGGUGGUGGAGACGACGACCUCGAGCUGGAGGCGGCGGCGGCGGCGGCUGAGGCGGCGGCGCGAAAGGCAAAUUCGCCUUCGAUGGCUGACUAUGGGAUGGGCGGAAUAUACUCGGAUGACGAGGCAGAAGAAGGCGACGCCUUUCCGCUCACGAUCCGCGGCUCGGCGACUCAGUCUCUCUCGCUCGCUGUCAAGCCCUCGACUACGAUGGCACAGCUCAUCAAGGCUUACUGCCGGCACUUCCGCAUCACCGACGCCGCGCGACAAGCCAAGAUGUCGGUCGAGUUUGACCACGAGCAGCUCGAGCCGACUAUGACAGUCCAGCAGGCGAAGGACGAGUACGAUCUCGAGGGCGAGGAGACGUUCGACCUCAAGGAGGCUUCGUGA